ACCUUCAAGGCUAAGGAAUUCCCUCUCGUCUUCCCUUCCCUUUGAUCUCUUCUACAUCUUCAUUUUUAGCACUAUAAAAAAUUCUUUGAAAUGCAAGAGGAUUAAUGCUUCUGUAUAUCAGAUUCAGCAGUUUACCAAAGUUAAAAGAAACCCCAACCCCACAUAUAUAUCUACAGCAAAGCUUUCUUACCAUACAAAGAUAGAGAGGCUCAAAGCAUGCUCACUUCUUAUCACCUUCCAGGGAAUUUCCUAGCACUUCACACUCUCCAAUAUCCCAUUUCUUCAAAACAUCGCACUGUUUGGAUAAGGAAGAAUCUUAUCAUCCCGCUUUUAUUCAGGUUGAUCUCUCUUCUUGCACCUCGAUCCAAAGGCUAGAAUUGUACAGGGUUUUGACCUGAUCAAUCAUCAUAGAAGACCUUAUCACUCUUGUUUGCUGUAGUUAAGAGUUUCUGAAGUGGAUAUAGAGAUAUGGGAUUGAGUUCAAAACAGGUUUCUAGUGAUGGUCUUGGGUGGAGCCAAUCUUUGUUGGAGGCUCAAACUCUGGAGCUACCAAAAGCUUUACCAAUGAAGAGGCAACAUCCACAAAACCAGAAGCAGCAAACAGAGCCACUGAAGUGUCCGAGGUGUGAUUCUACAAACACAAAGUUUUGUUACUACAACAACUACAAUAAGUCACAGCCUAGGUAUCUCUGCAAGACUUGUAAAAGGCACUGGACUGAAGGCGGUACUCUCCGCAAUGUUCCUGUUGGUGGAGGUCGCAAAAACAAGCGGCUUAAGACAUCAAAUAGCAACACAGCCGCCACCACCCCUGCUAGCACUAGCACAACCAGCACUGCCAUCAAAAGCCCCACUACCUCUGGUGUUAACAAUAGGCUCGAUACCUUCAUGACAAUUCAGCUUCAGCAACAAAGGCAGGAUCUUCAGCGUCGACUUGCUGAUCAAAAGAGCAUAUCGAAUAUGCAAUUUCAGGCGCUGAGUCAUCCACCAUCUUCAUUGUUGCAGCAGAAAUUUAUCAAUUGCAGCAACUUUGACAGUAAAAGUUUCAGGACAAGCAAUGGAGUGUUCCUAGGUUCAACCCUGUCUUUGCCUCAAACUCAAGGCUUACAAUUUCCAUUUUCAAGUUCAAGUUCUUUUGACACAAUCCCAUCUUCAAUAUCAACCUCAUUUCAAUCUUCAAGUAUCUAUAAUUAUACUGGAGAGACAAUGGAGGAUCCAACUAUCACCAGCAUCAUCAUGCCCACCACAAGUGGCACUGUUUCACAACCAUGGCAAGUACCUAUUACAAGCAGUGGCAUGGACAUGGCAAACUACUGGAAUUGGGAUGAUAUUGAUGCACUUGUUUCUACUGAUCUAAACAUGCCAUGGGAUGAUUCUGAGAUCAAACCAUGAAGGUCUUUUAACCAUAUAUAUAUAUAUAUAUAUAUCCGUUGUCCAUAGCUCUCUUUUUUUUUUUUUUUUUUGAUUUGGGUGUUCCUAUUAAAUGGAGGGUUCAAUUUUUUUUUUCUCUCUUUAAAUAUUUUUCAGUCUUUAUUAAGAAUCUCCCCCUUAUUGUUAUUUUUUCCCUUUCUUAGAUUGAUUAUUAAUAUGUAAAGUCUCCCCUUUCAACUUUUAACUGUUAAAAAAGAGAUGUAGACUGUUAGAAGCUGUCAUUUUUCCGAUUCAGCUUCAGGGUGAAGGUGUACAUUUUGUACUCUACCUCUUAUAUGAUGCAAGAACAUGAAUGUGUAUGUCAGGUUAGGCUUGUUCUUCAUUCUAUGAAUGGAAUAAAGGGAGAGAUAUAUAUGAUGGGAUAUAUCGAAGAAUUCAGAAAUGGGGUCUCUUCCAAGCUAUCCUGGGCAAGCUAGAUGUCAUGGAAGAUUCUUGUGGAUAUGCAUAUUUCCGGAUAUCUGAAAUGUGGAUUCAUUAUUUCAUAAUUUAUGACCAGUUGUUGAGAAUCAUUCUCUUUUCCUUGUCCUGACAGCAUUCUGGUUGUAAAGUAGUUUUUAUGAAUUAGUUUUUUUUCUCUUCCGGAUGGUCUAAACUGCGUGCUUCUAGAUUUCAUUGAUGUUUAUUAGUAGUUUGUUAGGCACCAAAAUCUUUGUUACAACAUGGUCUGCUUACAUCUUGUCAGUUCAGAUCCAUAGCAUGUGCACAUUGGGGCCACACUUUCCUGGCUUGUUUCCAAAUUUAUUUUAUAGUAUACCAUCAGCUUCCUUAAAUUGAGUUUAUAUAUGGGUUUAGCAAAUAGCUUAGUCAUGUACAAUGACGGUUGAUUACCUAAAUUGUCACAUUUCUUCAAUUAAAAAGAUUCUUCGGUUUGCCUUCUCUGUUUUUUGGGUACAAAAUUUCAUGAUGGGAAUGCUUGAAUAAUUGUAGUCUACUUGUGGAAGGCCUGUCGUUUCAUAGGGUAACAAAUGCAUCAAAUAACUGAUCAUAUGGCCGUUGGAUUGUGUAGCUUCCAUUGAAAUGAUAAGAUUGAACCGACUGAUGUUACAAAAAGAAAUAGAGACUGAUUUAGUUUGUUCCCUCAAAAAACCUUUAAACAUUUAUAGGAAAUUCAAGCACCUCUUACGGCUUAAAACACUAGGGAAAAAUUGGUACUGCUCUGCCUCUGGCACUGGCAGGGACCUUUGAAUUGCAUGUGGGGACAUGCAGUAGCAGCCAAAGAAACAGAGAAAUUAAUUCACUCUUUCUUGCAUAUGUUUUGCAUGAUUUAUUGUCACAUUCUUCAAUUUGGUUCUGAAGAGGAAUCUUACAUCACACUCAAGAGGAAGCUUGAACUACACUGGAGAAGCUAUUGGCUUAUUAACUAUGGUGAAAUUAAAA